CACUUUCUAGCAGACCAUUUAGAGUUAGGUCAAUACGUUCCUGGGAGGAUGAGUCGGCAAAAUAUCUAUUAACGUAACAAGAUAGUUGGAAUAGAAUGCCGGAGUGAGAAAGUUAAAAUGUUGGAGCAGAUUUGAACGGACUUCAAAACCCUUUUCAAACCUUGGAUUAUGUAUUAUACAUACAAAUGAAUGGCCUCCUAACGAAAGCAUGUUCCAUUGUGAGCUCAUUUUAUUAAGAUAUAGACAUCCUUCAUCCUCCACCGGAGCAGACAGCGGAGCCUCCGCCACAAGCAGAGCAUGAGCCGCUCGUCUCCGCAGCACCGAGGGCAGCACCCAGCCCAGCCCGCACCCAGAGCCCUGCAGCCCGCACAGGAAUGAGAGAGACCCCUCCCUGCGCCUACCCAUCGGAUGAACCCCGGACAGCAGAGGUUAAUCCCCGGAUAGAAGGUGGAGAUGGACCCGGGGUCCGGCACCGGGUCCAGCGGCCGCCCAGGGGCCUCUAAACGGAACGGCCCGCCGCAACAACCAACGACCAUCCGCUUCGGGAUCGACCAGAUCCUGGGUUGCGGUGCAGUCGGUGGAGGAUCGGAAGCAGAUGUCCUCCUGAGGAGGCGGGGCGCCGGGCCCACCUCGGACUUGGGUCUCUUCCCCGGCGGCGGGAGCUUUCACGCGAGCCCUGCAGUUGCCCGCGUCGAACCUUUCGCCUCCCUGUCCGGGUCGUUCCACGGGAUGACGCUACCGUACGAGGAACCACAUCCGUACCGACUCCAGUUGACCCCGACCCCGGGAGAGGUGAUCCGCAUUCCGGCGCACCGGCCGCUCGGAGCCCCCGUGGGGUCCCCUUUGGGGUUUCUCCCCUGGAUGAACAGCAGCCAGCAGUUCGCCAAAGACCGGUUCGCAGCCAACUUGACGUCCUUCACCGUGGUGCGCCGUGUCGGCCAUCCUUACCAGAACCGCACACCGCCCAAGCGGAAGAAGCCCCGUACGUCCUUCUCCAGACUGCAGAUCUCGGAGCUGGAAAAGCGCUUCUACCGGCAGAAGUACCUGGCCAGCGCCGAGAGGUCCUGCCUAGCCAAGAGCCUCACGAUGACGGACGCGCAGGUCAAGACGUGGUUCCAGAACCGCAGAACCAAGUGGAGACGGCAGACGGCGGAGGAGAGGGAAGCGGAGCGCCAGCAGGCAAACAGGUUGAUUGUUCAAUUCCAACACGACGCCUUGCACAAAAAACUACAUCUCGACUCGCUCCCUGGAGAACCGCUCCUCCGUUGCCACAACUCAGCUCUCUUCCCCGGGCAGAAGCUCCCCUCCUGGGCCUUGAAGGCCGAGGAGCCGCUGCCCAGCGCUUGAGGACCAGGGGCGUAUCCAGCGGCGGUGCCCUGGGGUGGCCGAAGCCCCCCAAAGAUGUGUCACCCCGAACAGUUCCAUCAGUUGAUUUUUCGCUUUUUCUGACCAUCCAUCUAAAUCUUAAAGAAAACCUUGGUGUUAAAUUUGUUUGGACACGCCAUAACUCAUUGAUGAACGCUGGAUCCUUAUAACGAACUAUCUGCACUUCAUUGGAAUCAAAGGGACCGACGGAUUUGGGAUUCAUUAAAAAAAGAACAGUUGCCAAACAAAAGGAUGGAGUAUGAAGUAGAAUGCUGUCAAACUCUUUAAGACACAUGGACAUGCAGAUAUGGUCUGCGUACAUUUCUAUCUCUCAGGGAAAUUAGUCAGACUUUGACAGGAACUACACAAGCAAAUGUAUUUCAAGUGGCAAGGCUUUGACCAAACCUAUAUGAUGCAUGCAACACAAUUACCAUUUGAUACUCUACCAUUUAAUGUUACCCUUUGACCUCCAUGAGAGAUUAUAAAUACCUAGAAGUAAACAUUAUCUUGAAAACAGCUUUAUCUAGUCACAAUGCUAGAUGGAUAUAUUUUAUCAGCAAUAGCUUCAAAUAUGUAAUGCUCGUCUUUCAGAUUAUAAAAUGUAAAUUUAAUGUUUCCAAAACAUGUGCAUUUUAUCAUGAAUAUGCCAUUUAUCUUUUUUAAGUUUGAUCAAUUGAGAUGAAGGACUUCCAAGCUCAACGCUGUCCAUUCUUAACCUGAAAUAAACUUAUCAGGAUUUCAGUAUAACCCUCUAUAUUAACAUGUAAAUUAACCAAGAUGCAGCUGAAUUUACGUGCGUGUCACUGAAACAUUUCUGAAACAAAAAAAAUCAAUACGAUGCAAAAUAGAAAACAGACAGCCAUAGAUCUUGAAGUCUUUAUGUAUUAAGUGGACAGCUGCAUGUCAGGUAACAAACGAGGUUCCAAAAAUCUUCGCUAUACAAGAUCCAUUGCAAAACAGUCUAAUUACAUACAUGUGAAGAACUAAUCUCAUUGCUGAUUUCAAAUAAACGUUGCAGCAAAAUAACAAAUCAAAGCGUGGAAUGGUUUGGGUUCAAACGGCGUCAUGCAGAUGUCACGGCAGACUUUAAAAUUUAAGCAACUUAAUUCUUAAAGUACAAUUUAAGCGCUUCAUGAAUAUUCGCCAUUGAUUAACUUGGGACGGAAAA